CGCUGCGUCAGUCCGGCCGACCGGUCUCCGGCGGCCUGUGCAGGCAUAACUGACAGGCCGACCGGACCGUGUGUGGCUACCUUUAUACUCAGAGUAUAAGGUCUAUGUAUAAAUCACAGACUUCUAUACUAAACUAGUAUAGAAAUCUGUGGUAUAAAUCUAUAGUCUUAUCUAUGUUAUCACUAUCGCUUUUCAUUCAUUGAAGACAGCACAACUAUUGGAGAAAAUGAUCGUAUCCGUGGUGGUAGACUGUGAUAAUGUCCGUGAGUGGUGCCUUAACUGAUAAAACGAAUACUUUUUGAUAUGAGAUUUGAUUUAAAAUAUUACAAAUAAAUUCAGUGUUGGUUUUAGAUUUUCCAAUUCAGUUUACCGUAUUAUACUGGCUUCAUAAUUUCUUAUGAAUUCACUGUUGAAAAUAUUUAUAAGUAGCAGUUAUACUGUUGUUCUUAUGUUAAAAGUUAUUAUAUUCUUGUCGGCUACAGUUGAACACGAUGGCCCAUACUAAUAAAAUAAAAGCUCUGCUGUCUGAUUUGGGUCGAUCUACUAAAAGGGGUGUGAAAAAGUGUCCAUCGUGUGGAACAUAUAAUGGCACAAGAACUGUAGUGUGCAAGAAUUGUGACUUGUUAUUGAAACCAAACAAUAAAAGAGUAUCACCUUCUGAAGUAUGCAGUCUUCUUACAUCCUCUUCGUCUAGAAUUUUCUCUUACAUAAUGUCUGAGAAUAUUGAUUUCAACGAGAGGGGUUUUGUCCAUUUUCCUGGUGCAAAAAAUAAAGAAAUCAACAAACUUGAUACAGGAAUUUGUUUAGUCCAUUCUUGUGGUCGUUCGUUUGAUAGUAAUGUUCUUAAGUGUCAUGAAAGUGUAUUAAACACAAGUAUUCAAAGUGAACCUUGCAAACAUGUACGUAGUUGUUUUGAUUGUAAUACAAUUGGUGUAUCUUUAAAAAUUGAUCAACAAGUUUUGGAAUCUUUUAGGGUUCCUCAGACUGUUAAACAAGAAGUAUGGUCAAAUUUUAUAGAUAAGAAAAAACCCUAUUUACAACGUGUAUCUGAAAAUAUAUUUGUUGUACGAUGCAAAAUUACCACUCAAAAUCCAUUAGGGUACUUGCAUUGUAUCAUUGGAAAAUAUAAUAGAUGCUUUUGCUGUACAACUACACUAGUUACUGUUGAUCAAAUGGAUCAAAUACCAGAUUUAAAUACAUACUUUUGCUGUCAUUAUAUUGCAUGUUUAAGUGCAAUAGCAAGUUCACGGUAUAUGGUUCAAGACUUUGAAAAAAAUCUUAACCCCUUUGUUUCCAUCUCCACAUUAUCUGCAACUAUUGUUCAACUUGACAAUUUACAAAGUGAUCAAGUAGCAAUAACAGAAGAAAGUUAUGAACCAGUCACAUUCUUUGGUGAUCAGAUCAUAACCAGUGAAACUUGUGUCUUAGAUAACAUUGCACCUAAACAUCAAAGAACAGUUCCUAAAAUUAUAUCAAAAAAACGGAAUAAAACAAAUCAAAAUAACUCUAGGAUGAAAAAGAAAAAUUGUCUUGAAGAACCACAAGUUAUUAAUCCAAAUCCAGUAUUAAGUUUUGAAAAUUGGCUGUCUUCAGUUACAGAACGAAUUAAUCAGGAAAUGCAUUAUCAAUUUGAUGGCAAUCCUCCAACUAUAGUGUUCCAUAUUCAUAAAUCGUUUUUUGAAUGUUUGCUUGAACGUAUGUGUGCUGCUUCUGCAAAAAAACGUUUACCAAAUUCUACUGUAGUGUUUGUGAAACGUGACUCUAUGCCUUUAGGUACACUGACUAAGUAUACUUGGCAUAUUACUAAUAUAAUGUUGGUGAAGAAAAUUUUUGAAACACCUCUUGUUCCUCUUAAAAUAAGUCGUAGUUUCAUCAGAAACCAAGACAAUACAUAUGAUGCUUUUGAACAUGAGAAGUGUGAUGGUAUACCAAUUGAUAAAUCUCACCAACCAAUAAAACCAAAUGAUUUGAAGACAUAUCUCAAAGUUGGUAUUGUCAGUCUUCAUCAAAAGGAACGAAUACCAUUUAUUAUUGAAUGGAUUCCAGAUGUGCUUCCUAUAACCCAAAUUGGUGAAUUAAGACUGACUUUUAAGUAUGGACAUAUGCCUCCAAAAGAUAAUGAUUCUUUGAAGUAUAAUCUUAAAAAUAUUCACAAUACAAAAAUUAUUGGAUAAAAUCGUAAUACCACACCUACAUCGACAGUGAAUUGAAAAACAUUAACCCAUUACAUGAGGCCAAUAUGUACAAUUAAUAGAAAAGGAUAAGUGGGGAGAAUUUAAAUAAAACAUGAGCACAAAAAAGACAUAUGACUGAGUAUGGCUAA